GCUUAAAGUUAUGGUGUCAAAAACAACAGAAUAGAAUAGGCUACGUAAGUUAUAGUGGGCGGGCACUGCCCAGUGACGUCAUGUGAUGCAGUAUCAUUUCUCAUAAGUGUCAUGCUAACGUUACAUCAUUAGUUUGAGGGGUUUUAAUUAGUGGCAACCUGUACGUCAUUGUUCUCAAGUACUGUAUUAGAAAGGGGAAUGUUGGAAUUUAGUUUUUUCUUGGCAGGUUUGCGAACAAAUGCCGCCAUUAUUAAUUUAAAUGUCAAGCCGCCAACAUGUUUGGGCAGCCGGGGGUUUGCGUCAACCGCAGGCGGGGAGUUCGAGCAGAAGUUUUUGCGAGGAAAGACGACAGGGAUUUGGUGUUCAACACUUUCUCGACGGUUCGAAAUAUGAGGGAGAGUUUAUCGAUGGGCUCAGACAAGGACAGGGAAAGUACACCUGGAGAAGUGGAGAGUUCUACGAAGGCUCUUUCUACAAAGACUACAGGCAUGGUGAUGGAAUGUACUGUUGGCCAACAGGCAGCAAAUUCAUCGGCAAAUUCUACCUUAACUGGAGAGAAGGAUAUGGGAUACAUAUUUACCCUGACGGAGCCAUAUUCAAGGGCUUGUACCACGCUGACCAGAGGUUUGGUCCUGGCGUGCUCAGCGAGUCAAGCGGAUGUCAGAAUGUGGGCCUCUGGCACGGGAAGCAUCUCAUACAGCUGUGUAACUCGGUGCCAGGCAGCUUCAGCCUAAAAGACUUUACCGAAUAUGCGUUCUUUGUGGAACAAGAUGCUGCCUCAAGUUCUCAAAGUCAGACUCCCCAAACGGUUCUCUCUGAAGGAGCUGCCAGGACAGAUUCGGGGGUCGACGCAGAUGACGAUUUGCUUCUAUACGAUGAGAAUACCAUUCUCCCCUCUGGCAUUGAGAAUUAUUCCACUGAUGUAGACCACCUACCGUUGCCCCCGCAUGUCAGAAGAGUCUUUGACCAGGAAUAUUUUGGCCAGCUGUGGGAACCCGAUUCCUGCUCGUACGAGGGCUACAAACGGCACCCGCCCUCCUCUCUGCCUUUACCGGCCCAAAUGUUGGCUCACAUUCACAAGCACAGGAAACAGGCCGAAACUUUGGAUUGGGCUGUUUCCAAAGUUCUUUCAUACCAAAGGGACAGUUUUGGUCCAAAAGGCUCUUUGGAGGUGGCAUCUGAGUUUCUGAUCCACCAGGCUUCCGAAGGAGAGCGAGAGGCCGUUUUACAGGUUUUGCUCGAUGGGUUCGUCCACCCCGAUGUCGCUGAUUCUCAGGGGCACACGGCGUUAAUUGCGGCCGCAAUGAACAGCCAGAAUGAUGUGAUUGACCUUCUGCUGGACAUGGGGGCUUGUAUUGAUAAGCUGAAUUUUGAGGGUAUGUCGUCUUUGUCCGUGUGUCUUGUGCUCUACUAUCCCGUUCAGUGUUUGUACACGCAUUCUGCAACUCCAGCCCCAGCACAGAAUGUCAAUGAGGAGCCCGCCAAUGAGGAGUUGACUACUGCGGACGAUCUCGGCGCCACGAACCAGAUUCAUUUGCCACUUUUGGAGAACUCAGUUCAGCAAGAAAUCAAAGCAAACCCACUGCAGUCCUUUUCGUCUUCCUGCUCCAUGUACAACUACAACAUCCAAGUGUCGGAGAAGCUCCUGCAGGGCGCGGCUGAAGCUCUGAGUCGCACCGGCUUUCCUCUGCAUUCCGAUACCCAGGAGACGGUUCGCAAAUUAGCUGCCAAAAAAUAUAUGCACCGUUUUCGUUUGUCCACACUGAAUCUGCUAUUAGAUCGGGGCGCGGACCCCAAUAUUUGCAAAGUCCCCUUGCCUGUCCUCUUUGUGGCCAUCAUGGCAGGAGACACUGAAACUGUCAGGAGUCUUUUGCUGAGUGGAGCUUGCACUAGCAUUUCUCUCCCGCUCAAGUGGAAAGGCCUUUAUCCUCUGCAUGUGGCUGCAGUCUUGCCCGGCCCAGAAAGUCCCAAAAUCAUUGAACUGCUGCUGCACGCUUUAUCCGACCCUGACGCGCGGGCGUCGGACCAGGAUGAGAUCUAUGAACUGCAUAAGGUUCCCAUGGCGAUGAGAAAAUCAGGCAAGAUCCACACGCAGCCCGGUCCUGAAGAAGGAGGUCGAACAGCUCUGCACAUGAUCUGCCAGAGACAAACGGACCACCGGAAUGCCAGCAAGGCGGUCUCAGUCCUGCUCUCCCACAGAGCCAGAACCGAUCUCCUCUGGAGUGGACACUCACCUCUUUCCUUGGCCAUAUCAAGUGGCAAUGACAUGGCCGUGAAUGUGCUCCUAAACGAAGGUGCAGAUCCCAACAUUCCGCUGGGUCACGGAGUGGGCAACGCCCUUUGUGUCGUCAGUAACUUCAGCUACGACUUGGAUAGCAAAAGAGUCAAACUGUUGGACAUGUUAAUAAAAGCUGGUGCCGACAUGUUGAUGCAAAUUCCAAUCGGUGAUUUGAAAGGGACUGCGGUUGACUCUGCACACUUCUCUUUCAACCAGGAUAAGCGUAUUGCUAAUACGCCCUUCAGCACGCUCAACAUGGAGGAGAGAGAAACAUUCAAAGCACGCCGUCACAUACUCGGCUUAAUGGGAGAUCUGCUACGAAACGAGGCUGUUGAGAGAGAGAAAGAACGAUUAGAGAGAGAAAAGCAUCUUUUACAGAAUAGUGACGACACAAGUUCUGACAAACAAACUCCCGUAGCAAGGCAACCAUUUUGGUUCUGCUAUCAUUGUGGCCGAUCUGCAGCGGUGACGCUGAGUCCUUGUACUCGCUGCCACAAAGUGCUCUACUGCUCAACGCAUUGUAAACUAAAAGCAUGGAACAAAGGACACAAGCAAGAGUGUGUCCGGGAGUGUAGGCACGUUCCGGCCACCCAAAUAUCACAUAGUCAGAAAAAGAGCAAAAAAACAAGGAAGAAAAUUUUCAGUUUAGGCUGUGGAAUCAGAGGGCCACAUCGUUCACACCAAAAGUAAAAUAGCAAGUACUACGGGGGGAGACCCCUUUCACUUUUGUGCCUACGUUUACAUGGACACAUUAAUUGGAUUUAAAAAUUUGAUUGCAAUAAAGUUUAAAGUAGA